AUGUUGGCUUCCUCGAUUACACAGUUGACCACACGCAUUCAACGGUAUGGAGUAAGACCUUCUGUUUACAAUUUUGAAGAGAAAUUCCAGAGAUACUCAUCAAGUGGACCAUACCAAGGUGCGAAGCGAAAGCUCCUUGCUUUUCUGAUCUCAUUGUGGACGUGUAGAGAUAGGCACCUUAUCUAUGCAAUAACGAUCUCACUCUUCAAGACAGAUUCAUGA